UGCCCAAUAGAAACAUGGGCUUAUAGACGAGAAAACAGCCGUGUGUACCGUACAGUCCAAUGUACGAAAUGCCCUGUGUCAUCUUCUGUAACUACCUUUAAACAUAUUUCUUGUUUUCUUUCUGCUUGUUUGAAGAAAAUAGCUCAGAGCUAGUUAUCCAGAAUACAUUUCAUGUAGAAUUUUCAAUUUUUGUUGGAUUUUUCAAUGACAUAUCUAUCGUGUCUCUCUUUAAAGAGGGCUUGAAAAACGCCCUUUGUCAUAGCCUUGCUUUCAUAGACCCAAAUAUAAAACUAGCUCGUACGUGCAUGUGAGUGUAGUUUUUAAGAGGUAUGGCCAUGGAUAGAUCGUCGAUGAGCGUACUGCUGAUUCUGUGCGCCUGUUGGUGCGCCCACCAAGUUGGGGCUCAGUUUUCACUGUCAACUGCGAUAAUUAUUACGGCCGAAGCUUCAUCUACCGAGGAACCACUACAAACCUCCAGUUCCUCGGCUGAGCCCGGUGGAACAUCCCCACUGACGACAGAAGGCCCCGGAGUGACAGCCCAGGCUGACGAUUCAACUACCGAGGAACUACUACAAACCUCCAGUUCCUCGGCUGAGCCCGAUGGGACAUCCCCACUGACUACAGAAGGCCCCGGAAACAAGUCAGUCCUCGGAGUGAUAACCCAGGCUGACGAUUUAUCUACCGAGGAACUACUACAAACCUCCAGUUCCUCGGCUGAGCCCGAUGGGACAUCCCCACUGACGACAGAAGGCCCCGGAAACAAGUUAGUCCUCGGAGUGAUAACCCAGGCUGACGAUUUAUCUACCGAGGAACUACUACAAACCUCCAGUUCCUCGGCUGAGCCCGAUGGGACAUCCCCACUGACGACUGAAGGCCCCGGAAACAAGACAGUCCCCGGAGUGAUAACCCAGGCUGACGUUUCAUCCACCGAGGAACCACUACAAACCUCCAGUUCCUCGGCUGAGCCCGGUAGAACAUCCCCACUGAUGACCUGCGGCCCCGAACAACCUCCCGUCGCCUGGAUCGCUGUCGCUGUGGUCGUCUUCAUCCUUUUCAUAGUCUCAAUGCUCUUCAAUGUUUUCUUUAUCAUCACGCGUUGCCGUCAGGGGAGCUCCAAGACCGAUGAUCCGUCCCCACCUGACAUCGAGUUGCAACAACCGGGAAAGGAUGAAGACGGCUAUAUGACACCCAUAGUGGAAGACAGGACAGAUGAGGCCGUCUACCAAACAGUCUUAGAAACUAAAGAAGAUGAGCAAAAAUACGUCGUGACGGAAGAGGAGUAUACUGCUCUCGUGGCAGACGAGGAAUAUACUGAUGUCGUGGUGGACAAGGACACUGGCCAAAAAGAUGGCAAAACGACCCAAGACGAGCAAGACUAUCAGAACGUCAAAAGUAAGAACUAAAAUAGUUGGGUUCCCUUAAAUUGGGCGUCGGAAUGUGAUUCAAAUGUCACUCGCAUGUUUCUCGCAUGUCCGCGGGUGAGGCUUUUCCUUACCCAAAUGGUUACGAUGCAGACGGUGAACAAAAUAAUCACGUUGCAAACCUUUUGCUAUAUUGUGCGAUUAAAUACAUGAAUACAGUCCGUUGCCAUCAUCAGUCAUGGGGGGGGGAGGCAGAACCAGCCAGCGGGCAUAUCUCAAGAACCAUACAUGGGGACUUCAUAAUGAUGUUUGAAAAUUUUGUAAUGGAAGGGCAGCUGUUAGCUGGAGGGCGGCCCUCCAUUUCAGACAGCCUUGUUGGGAAUAUCUAAAAUCUGUCUUGACUCCUUCUCAAAGGCUCGGUUUGUAAAUUCGCACCAGCCUUUCAAGUUCAGCCCUCAGUAGCUAUUCAACUUUCAACUGUGGUUAAGGAGACGGAUUGAAAUGAAUCGAUUGGAUUUUAUUACACAGAGGCUUAGUAUGCCAACCAUUUCAUUUUUAAGACUUAUUUUG